AUGGCGCUAGUCGCUUCACCUUCAUCCUCGCCCAUAACCCAAAGCUGGCCUUGGGAUAUCAUUGAACUCGUCAUAUUAGCGGUGUUGCACACAGCCAAUACAGACUCGCGAAGCAUAUUGCGGCUCAUGCUUGUCAACAGCGACUUCCUUCGCGUGGUGAUGCAAUGGAUCUGUUGUUUUUGCCACUUUUCGGUCGACAGGCACCGACGACUCCCCACCUUCCGCCAGACAUGGCUGACGACCCUCGCCACCACUCCGAAGGUCACCACCCCGGUCACAGCGAUUCGUCGAGUGAUGCUCGGAAGACUACCCCUACAAGAAGGACUUGCGAUUCUCGCUCGACUUCAACAUGUCCAACACUGGACUAUUGAGGAUGUGAAUAUAACGACGAGCGCGCUCUUUCAGACCCUCCGACCUGAAACAUUAGACGUGGCGGUCCCUUAUCGCGGAAUGCAUUUUUUGUCCAACUUCAGCACCCUUCGCAGUCUGUUCCUAGAUCGAAUCAUCCACCAGGAUGAUGUGGAUGCAUGGGCAGUCCUCGCCCGCCUCGUUCUCCUCGAACAGCUCUGCAUUGUGGCGACAAUUCCGCCGGCGACGAUACUGGCCCAGCAACGGAAUCUACAGCUCCUCGUACUGCUAUGGGGUUCAGAUAUUCGCUCACUCAAGCGCAUUGACGAAUUGCUGGCGUUGCCACUGAAGGAAUCUGCUCAUGUCGUCAUUCUGCGCGACAAAAGGCACCCUGUGACGCGGUUCCACAAAGCCGCAUCUGGACUGUCGGUGUGGGACGUCGCUCGGCGAGUUGUUGCACAGCAGCGUUCAAUGACCGAAAGUGAACUUGCUGAGAGUCGAAAACAACAUCCUCGCCCAAUCUGGACGUAG